CAAGCCCCUUGUGGGGUCCUGAGAGUCUGAGAAGUUCCUGCAGCUUCACCAUGAUGAGACUGAAUCUCUGCACUUCGCUUCUUCUCUUGUGCCUGGCCAGGGGGAGUCUCCAGGGUGCAGUAAAGCCACAAGGAAAUGGCCGAGGGGGCCCUUACUUCCCAUCACUGAUAAGGGGUGUAGGAGGUGUGCAGCCAGGAGCCGAACUGGGACCAGCUGGAGCCAAAGCAGGGAAAUAUCCUGGUUACAGCACCCCAGGACUCCCCACAGGACUGGGAGCCCAGAAUGGAUUUGGGGCUGGACCAAGCUUUGUAGGCAGACCAGGCUAUGGUGUCCCAGCUGGUUAUGGGCCAGGAUUAGGUGCUUAUCCGCAGGCUGGAAAGCAGAAGCCAGGUUACCGAGGAGUUGGCUACCCCCGUGUUGGCCUCCCCUUAGGAGGUCUUGGAGCCCGAGGCAAGCCUUCCAAAGCAGGUUAUGGGGCAGGGCCCGGUGCCUACCCAGGAGCCAGUGCACCCCAGGCCUAUCCAGGUGGAGCUGGAGCUGGAAGCUACCUGGGCAACGGACUCCAGAAUGGCUAUGGCAAUGGCUAUGGAGUUGGAGGCAAUGGGUUUCCAAGUGCUGGGCUUCAGCCAGGCCGAUAUGGGAAUGGUGCCCAAGCUCCAUAUGGUGGCCAGUUAGGAGGCCCAGCUGGAGAUCCCAGUGCUGCCAAAUAUGGAGGGGCAGGACAGGGCCCAUACAAUGGUCAACCUCAGCAGCCAGAGACGACUGGCCUGGGAGGUGACUACGGAAAUGGGAGAUACGGAGCUCCUCAGAGCCCCUAUGGAGGCCAAGCUGGAGGUCCCGGAGGAAUCAGUGUAGACCCUGCCGCUGUCAAAUAUGGCAACGGAAAUGGUCUGGGAUAUAUGAACGGUGGAGAUUCCCAAGCUAAUGGUUUGGGAGCAGGCGCAUAUGAUCCCCUUGCAGCAGGACAAGCACCCGGGGCAUACGGCACAUCACUGGGCCCUGGCCAAGGAUAUGGUAGGUGGCACCAAAUUUGCUUUGGGGAGUGGGGAAGAGGUCACUAG